UUUAAAAAAGUCUACAGCUGAAAUGUUUCUGUUCAACUUCCCUGUUACACAAACAGGCCAUGUUGCUGCCACCAUCCAGACUAUGCCAAAGACAUGAUGCUCAUCUCUUCCUCCUCCAGGGAAUGAAAGCUACUGGUUGACUUAAAACCCUUGGGCGGCUCGGAUUUGGAGGCAUCCCUUGGUUAAGGCGCAAUGUCCGCGGCAGGAGUAGCAGCUCAGGAGAUGAGGGUCCCAUUGAAGACUGGAUUUCUGCAUAAUGGCCAGGCCCUCGGGAGCAUGAAGAGCUGCUGGGGCGGCCGCCCUGAGCUUGAAAAUAACUUCUUAAAUAUCGAUCCCAUCACCAUGGCCUACAGUCUGAACCCUCCUGCUCAAGAGCGCCUGGCUAUUGUGGGGCACGGGGCACCGUCCGCUUCGGUGAACGGCCACGGCUUCGCGGAGAGCGGCCCGGCUCCCAAGUCCAGCCUGCAGCCUCUGGUUUUCCCCGCGGGCGAGGGCCUGGCGCAGCGGGACGAGGACCAGGUGGCGGGUGGCUUUGGAAGACUCUCGCUGAGCGGGCUGUGCGCGGCCACGCCGCCCCUGACGCCGGGGCGGGGCGGCCCCGCGUUCUUCCCGGGCGCGCCGCCGCCGGAGCGCGGCUCUCGGCCGCUGCCGCCGCUGCCCAUCUCCGAGGACCUGGCCCCGGACGACGCGGACUGCGAGGUGGAGUUCCUCACCAGCUCCGACACGGCCGUGCUCCUGGACGACGGGCCGGCGGGCUUCAGGGCCGACCUCCCGGGCCGGCGCAGCUUCCGGGGCUGCGGGCAGAUCAACUACGCCUACUUCGACACCCCGGCCGCCUCGGCCGCGGACCUGAGCGCCGCCGCCGCGCCCCCGCGCAGCCCCGGCCCGCCGCCGCCGCAGGCCCACCGGCGCCUGCGCAGGUCCCACUCGGGCCCGGCCGGCUCCUUCCACAAGCCGGCCGCCCGCGCGUCCGGCCACCCGCAGCGCGCGUCCCCCACGUCGGACGGGGACAAGCCCGAGGUGCCCCCGCGGGUGCCCAUCCCGCCGCGGCCCACCAGGCCCGACUACCGGCGCUGGUCGGCCGAGGUGACCUGCGGCGCCUACAGCGACGAGGACCGGCCGCCCAGGGUCCCGCCCCGCGGGCCCCUGUCCCGCAGCAACUCCCGCACCCCGAGCCCCAAGAGCCUUCCGUCUUACCUCAACGGCGUCAUGCCCCCCACGCAGAGCUUCGCCCCGGACCCCAAGUACGUGAGCAGCAAGGCCCUGCAGCGGCAGAGCAGCGAGGGCGCCGCGCAGCGCGCGCCCUGCAUCCUGCCCAUCAUCGAGAACGGCCGGAAGGUCAGCUCCACCCACUAUUACCUCCUGCCCGAGCGGCCGCCCUACCUGGACCGCUACGAGAAGUUCUUCCGCGAGGCUGAGGAGCGCGCGCCCGCCGCGCCUGCGCCCUGCGGGGAGAGGCCGGACUGCAAGGCCCGGGCGGAGCCGGGCGCCCACGGCAAGCGCAAACACUUAUCCUACGUGGUGUCGCCCUAGCGCGGGCGCGGGCCGGUCAGCGGCGCGGUGAGCCCAGCGUCCCCUGCCCUCGCGGACAUUCGGGUAGAGCGGACGUCUGUCCCAGUCUGUAACAAAGAUGUGAUAGUGGGGGCCUUUCCCGUACGCCGCCUUUCCAUCCCUGUGCAUGGACCCGGGGUACAGCCGGCACCGUAGCCGCAGGCCAACCCGUUCGCGACCGUCCUAGAGUAAUAUAUAUUCAGAAUAAUGAACACCGCGCUGGAAGAAACGCUCCCGAUGGACCGAGCACUGAGCAAGUGGAAGAAGACAAGCAGUAUUGUUUAGAUCAAAGUCCUAACGAUUAUUUUCCGCUUCGUAGUUGAAGACCUCUGGCUUGGGGGCCCCGCUAGCCCGUUGCAUUUACUUUUGCAAGCGGUCUCCGGAUCGGGACAGGCGCCUGUCCGCGCAGCCAGGCCCGCCCGGCCGGCCCCGCGCCCUCUGGGUUUUUUCCUAUGGAAGGGAAAGAUAGUUUCUUGGGCAACUGCAUCCUCUCCUGUACCUGUCUCACAGGCUGAAGACGAGGGAGCGAGUCGUUUCUCCGUCCGGAGGCCGCAGCGAGGGCCGGAAAGGCGCACCAUUGAAAGCAGUAGCCGUGUGGUUGAGAUCGCCUGUGUGGGCAUGUGUGGUGUGUGUGUGGUUUUUUAGACUGUAUUAAUAAAUUCAACACAAGCUGGUCUUGUGUUGCUGGUUCCAGUUCAGUAUUUCCUGAAGAUCGUUUGCUUUUUAAGUGAAACACUUCUGACCAAUAGCACAGCACGUCUUAAUGCCAGAGGUCACGUCAGCAUCUUCCCGCUUCGAAAACUCCAGCCACUGCCUCCGCCGCUCCCCCGAGCGAGACGCUUGCCCGCCCGCCCCCCCCGCCUCGGUCCCGCCGCCACUCCCGUGUGGGCCAGCCACGGAGAAGGUGCUCGCUCCCAGACCGAGGGGCUGGCCGCCACGCCCCCGCUGUUUACAGUUGAAACUGCUGAAUGAUAUUAUUUGAGCUAUUUAAAGCUUACUAUAUUUUAGUACGAACUAAAUGAAGGUUAAAACAUGCUUUAGAAAAAUGCACUGAUUUCUGCAUUAUGUGUACAGUAUUGGACAAAGGAUUUUAUUCAUUUUGUUGCAUUAAUUUUGAAUGCUGUCUUUUCAUUUUAAUAAAGUUAUACUACUUAUUUAUGACAC